GGCACCUUGGAAAAAGGCAGAUAAUGACUUGAGAAUACCAAGUGGAGAACAUGUUACAGUAGUUAGACAAAAAACUCAGCUGAACUCUCCAGAACUGAUACAAGAUAAUGAUAGGGGAGGAUUAAAGGGUGCUGAAUGCAUUGACAAUUUAAAGAGCACUCCCAAAUGUUCUACCAUGAUCCAAUCAAGUCAUCCUACUGUUGCACACAAUUUUGAAUUGUCAUCUAUUCAUGACGAAAAGGGAACUUCCAACACAAAAAAUGGAAAUCAUUUGAAAGCACAAUUGAAGAAAGAGAACAGGGCAAAUGGUUUGAAAGAAUGUGGACUAAAGUGCUCAACAAUGGUAGAUAACAACUUUCACGAGUUUCAAGAAAUAUCCCACAUUCAAAAGGAUGAUAUUGGAAUACAACAGAACAACAAAAAUAGUGAAGACAAUGACUAUCAAUCUUCAUGUAUUGUGAAUAGCAAGCCAAAGUGUUCUACCAAAAUAUAUGACACAUAUGAUGAGGAUAAACUGGAGGAAUUGUCAACAAUCUACAAUAUAACACAAAAGGCAACAGACAAGCUCAUCCACAAAGAACAUUCAGUAAGAUAUGAUGAUUUUGAGAGCAAGGAUUGCAAAGCCCUUUCUCUGAACAAGGAAGAACCAUUAUGCUCUACCAAAAUAGAUGGUCACAAAACAGUUAUAAUUCAAAAUGACCAACUCUUGAAUAUGUCAACAAUUUAUUCAAUCACUGAAAAACAAACUCAAAAGUUUAAACAAAAUAAAGAUUCAAGUAUCGAACAUAUGACAAAAUCAGUUGAGAAAAUUGCUGCAGAUUUACAAAGACCCGAUGUCUCUCCUGACAAUAUAAGUCUCAAGGGACUAAUAAACUGGAAAAUAUUUCACUGGAACUGCAAAGCUAAUGAUGAUGGUCAACCUGAAACAAGAGACAGAAAAAUAUCAGAUAAUGAUGCUAUUUAUGAUGUAAAACUAAAUGAGAGUGAGUCUGUGUGGGAGACUGUUGGCAUCUCAACUCCAGUGAAUGAGAACAAAUAUGAGGCUGAAGAUACAAGCUGUAAAGAAAAGAACAAUGUCAGUACAAAUGAUUUAAACAAUACUUGUGAAGAUUCAGUGAAAGAUUCUCCCAGCAAAGACCCAGAAGAACAAGAAGAUGAGGAUGAGCCUUCUUCAUCCGAGAGCAGUGUUGAACUAAGUAGAAAAGACAGCAAAUAUGAUAUUCAGAUUCCAACAUUUGAAAAAUCUGUAAAAUCUCUUAGUUUCCUACCAGAUCUUGAAACCAUAGUAGAACAUUCAUUUGAAGAUGCCAAUUGCAAUGACAGGUC